CGACCCUUGUGUUUUCAUUCCUUUUUGUUUCUUUCUUUCUAAACAGAGUUGCUGCUCAGUUUUAUUUUAGCGCCCAGUUAGUAAGAACAUUCUUUUCAUAUCGUCUGCUAGUACGCACACGCUGAUGAGUAUUUUUGUUUUUAAAAAAAAGAAAGAAAAGAAAAGGAAGGGGGAAUGUUUUGUUUUGGUAUUUGACAGAGACAUUUCACCCAUUUUUCAACUCUUAGAAGGGCGAUUCAAUGUAAAUAGCCAUAAAUCGCGUACGGGAUUAACGAGUCAACAUGCAAUAUGUAACGAGUAAAAGUGGGUUUUUUGUACCCUUUGCCUUGUAAAAUGAAAAGGGCGAUGGUGGGUGGAGUUAAUUGAUUUGUUGGUCGAUUUAUUCUGACGUAUUUCGCGAGUGAGUUACAUCGACUCACAGCAGCUGCUUGUUGCGAAAUCAUCAUUUAUUGGAUUCGAUCUUAUUCACUGUCCAGUCUCGUGUAAGUGCGGUCCAACGUAUAUCCACUUUAUUCAGACAGGCUUAUUUAUUUACGGGGGCGGACUAAUUCAAUUUUGGCACUUUACAAAAUUUGGACCGAAAACUGUUUGCCCGUUUUUCUCGAAAAGUUACGAAUUAUCCCGAAGUCGGUAGGCUAAAAACUUUUCACGCAUUUCAAACUUUGAAAAUGCAAUGAAUAAAUUGUCCUUAAAAAAAUAAAUUCAAUUUAAUCAACAAGGAAAAUGCCGUAAAAAGAUUAAGACUUACACGAGCUUGACAGGCUAACGUUCUCCGAGUGACUAACUUUAGCAAUAAGGAAAAGCAAAGAUUCUUAGAAGAAGCAAUCAAUAUUACGACGGAGAACAUUAAGUUGAGUGUUUUGAAACAAAACAUCAGUCGGAGAGAGUCACUUUCCAUUAAGCAGAGAAAUGUCCUACCACCAAGAUCUAAUUAUCUUAUGCCACAGUAGCAGACGACCGUGAAUUCUUUAGACCAUCAAAGAAUGUCAGGUAUUUGCACCUCUGAGCACUUUGACACACCUAACAUUUUUCUUUUUUUUUUUCAAGAUAAAAAAAAAGGAAAGGGACAAAAGUCUCUCGUUCCAAAAGUUAAUCGCCGCUAUCGCGUAUUUUGGUUUGAGUUGCUUCUAAUCUAAUGUGUUAUCAAUCUCUUUGCCCUGUGGGUGAAAUUCCUUUUGACUUCCUUAAAGUUUUCUUUCUUUUUUUUUCACGACUUUCACGUUACGCUUAUAGCCUUGUGGGACGUCAUUAAACUUUAAUGAGAAAUACUCCCAGUCUAAGAGAGUCGAAACAUUCAAAAAUCGUUAAACUUUAAACUGUAAUUUAUUCAUUAAAACAAGAAAAAUUGUUUUGUUAAACUGAAAAAAAAACAAAGUUGGGAGAUUCGUUCAAUACGAACUCACUAAAAUUCUAUAAAAAGCUUCAAAAGCGAUGGGCCAUUCAUUUUGCUUUAGUGCUCUGAUUUUUCGUUCCCGAAAAGCUUCUCCGCCCAUGUUUUACAUAUUAACUUUUAACGCACCCUGGGCCCAAUAAAAAAUGGUCAUCCACCUUUGACUGCUCCUACACUCUAAUGAAGAAAGUUUUUGUCGUUAAACUAUAAUGUUAUAGGUAUUCUGGAGGUUUCUCUCUUCUUUUUUUUUAUGGUUCUCCCAUGUAACAUGUUGGGAGGGCGGAUUAAGAGGAGAACACCGCACAAUAUUGGAUCCUGCGCGUGACAAACGAGUUCAUGUCGAUAUAACACCAGCCGAAAGAAAUAUUAUUAUUUUGUUGUUUAAAUAAAUGUCAGCUUUUCUUGUAGCUUCAAAACACAUUUAAGAUAGAAUACCAGGUAAACCUUACUUUGAUUUACAAAACUUUUUGUUUUCAGAAAACCAAAGAAAAAAAAAAAUUCAAUAUCGGGUAAACACGGGAGAUGUACCUGUUGCGCAAGCCAAAGAAAGAGUCCAGGAAAAAACAAAAAAAAACAAAUAAAAAAGAACUCAUGUGCAAUCGAAUUGAUCUUAGAACCGCCCCCUUUCCUCCUACCACCGGAAGAUUAUAAAAACGGAAGUUGACACGUUCCGGUUAGUGAGUAGAUACCGUACUGAGACACUACCGGGACACAGGCACACAGCGUCCAGGAAGCAAUCUCUUUCUCCGUACCGACAUCACCAUCUAACACACUACUAACAUGAGGAUCGCCGUGAUUCAGUUGUUCGUCUUAAUCGUGAUCUACUUGGCUACCUGCGAUGCUGCCGUGCCGCAGAUUCUCAAGUCGCAAUCGCUGAUUCCUUUCCCGCGAGUGGGUCGCUCCCGCUCGGCUUUCAUCGCCAACGCCAUCGGCAGUAGCGCAAGAGGAGCAAUGCUAAACGCUGCUGGAAGCAACAACAACAACAACAAGCCGAACAACUGGAUGAAUAACGUGGAUCUCACCGUCAAACGUCAUUUGAUCCCGUUCCCGAGAGUCGGCAAACGUCAAUCGCUCAUCCCGUUCCCGCGUGUUGGACGCUCCGGUUAUUUCGGUCUGUUCCCCAGCCGUGACGAUGAGACAAUGCAGCAACAACUGGCCAUGUCGGACGAGGAUUUUCAAGCACCUGCUCUGAUAUUAUCCAAUGAUAUUUUAGGUGGAAUUAAUAAUAGACGAGUCCAUGCCGAUGAACAGGCCGUGUUUAUUCCACAUCCAUGGAUGACCAGUCAAGAAUCGGAGGAAUAAAUUAUCAAGAAAGAUCCGAUAUAUUCGAGGAAAAUCGAAUCCAUUUGCCCUGCUGAUCUCGGUGUUACCUAUAAUCUAUUCCUAUUUAAGUUUAACGACGACGCAUUAACCGCAAAAAAACAAAAAACAAACAAAAAUGUAUCCGCGUCCAUUUGAAUACCCUCAAAGAACAGGGUGGAUUUAGAUUUUAAAGAUUCAACAACAAAAAAAUAAUCACAAUCAAAAUUUUGACCUACGCUAACCAAAUGAUUAAAUUCUAAAGAAAAGACGCAUAUUUAUUUGAUAAUUCUAAAACAUUCCUGUUGACGUAACGAUUUUUCGCUGUAAAGAUUUUUCUUUUUGAGGCGGGGUAUUUAUUUUAAAAUGAGCAAGGUAAACAAAAAAAAACAUAACCAAAAACAAUUAAAUAAUAUUGAAUGUAUGGAGCAAGCACAGUUGUGUCUAGUCAAUACUAAUUAGAAAAUGGAUCUCAUUAAUACGUGUGCACAAUUGGAACCUGCAUUGUACGAAAUUUUGAGCUUGAAAAAUGUAAUACAAAAUCGAAAUUCUCAAAUGAUGAGCAAACAAA